AUGGCCCGUCGAUAUGAUAGUCGUACUACUACUUUCUCACCAGAGGGAAGGCUCUAUCAGGUGGAGUAUGCGAUGGAGGCGAUCAACAAUGCUGGCUCAACAGUAGGAGUACUCGGAAAGCAGUGUGUGAUCCUGGCCGGCGAGAAGAAGACCAUCAG